GACGCGCGCCGCAGUGUUCUAUUUCGAGUUAGCACAGUUUAGCGUCUGCCGAGCAAACGCAACCCCACCAUCCCCGCCUCCCCCACAUUCUCUUGACCUCUAACCACCAUGUCCGCUGUGAAACCGCCAAAGUUCGGGCCUGGAUCUGUUGAAGUCGGUGCAGAGAAAAUCGCUGGUGAAUCUCGCAUACGUCGACUUGCGAUCACCAAGGACAGGCUAGUGACGCAACCGUUCGAGGGGAUUGACACCGUCCUCGACAUCCUACUCUAUGCUUCUCGUACGCAUGGCAGUCGUGACAGCUUUGGAUACCGAGAGAUCAUUGACAUUCACGAGGAGGAGAAACAGAUAAAGAAGAUACUUGGCGGGCGAGAAAUUACGGAGACGAAGAAAUGGAAAUAUUUCCAGCUUAGUGACUACAAGUACUACUCGUUCUUGGACGUCAAGCAGAUUUCUUUCGAGAUUGCCAAAGGCCUCAUCGAGCUCGGCGUGACAAAGGAUGAUAUUUUGAAUGUGUAUGCCGCAACCGCACCAAGUUGGCAGUUUAUAUCCUAUGCGUGUGCCGCCAUCAGCACAACCAUUGCAACUGCCUAUGAUACCCUUGGCGAAAGCGGUCUUACACAUUCGCUCAACGAGCCGGAGUGUGUGGCCAUGUUCACUAACGGUGAUCUGCUACCCGUUGUGGCAAAUGUUGUUGGCAAAGUGCCGUCACUGAAACUUAUCAUCUACGAUGGCGAAGCCAAACCCGCAGUUCUUGAAAAGGUAAAAGCGGCGAAGGAGGGUCUUCGCGUGCUCACGCUAGACGAGGUACGCGCACUUGGUCAGGGGAAGCCUGACGCUCCACUUGAGGCGCGCAAGCCAACUCGCGACACGAUGGCGUGUAUCAUGUACACCAGUGGGUCGACAGGUCCGCCCAAGGGCGUCGUGAUUCGUCACUCAAAUCUCAUCGCGUCCAUUGGCUCUGUGUACACUAUCAUCGGACAACACCUUCGUCCUGGCGAAGCCUACCUCGCGUACCUCCCUCUUGCUCACAUUCUCGAAUUCGUGGUCGAGUUGUGCAUGUUCUUCGUCGGCGUCACCUUUGGGUUUGGUCGUGUCAAGACCCUUACAGAUCAGUCUGUACGAGGUUGCCUCGGUGACAUCCGUGCCUUCAGACCGACACUCAUGAUCGGCGUCCCGGCGGUGUGGGAAAUGAUUAGGAAGGGUAUCAUGACACAAAUCAACAAGGGUGGCAGCCUGAAGAAGGGCGUGUUCAAUGGCGCCAUGGCUGUCAAGAGGGCAGGUGUGCCUGGACUUAGCCAGUUUGUUGAUACUACUGUCAUGAGUCAAAUCAAGUCUGCCACCGGUGGUAGACUCAGGCUUGCCUUAUCCGGCGGAGCUGCUCUCAGUAGGGAAACUCAAGAGUUCCUCACUCUCGCACUGGUGAAAAUCUUGCAAGGUUACGGGAUGACUGAGUCGUGCGGGAUGUGUGCCAUUCUGCCUCCGGAACUCUUCUCAUAUGGUUCUGUCGGUCUACCCAUGCCUUCGAUUGAGGUCAAGCUCCUCGACGUUCCCGCCUCAGGAUACAUCUCCACAAAUCACCCUCCGCAAGGUGAGGUCCUUAUCCGCGGACCCUCAGUCACGGAGGGUUACUACAGGCGAGAUGACCUCAAUCACGAUGAGGAGAUCUUCACCAAGGAUGGAUGGCUUCGGACUGGUGAUGUCGCUCAAUGGAACCCGGACGGAACAAUGACCUUGAUUGAUCGAAUCAAGAACUUGAUAAAAUUGCAAGGUGGCGAGUAUAUUGCUCUCGAACGCUUGGAGUCAAUAUACAAGGCCUGCAACCUCACGUCCAACAUUUGUGUCCACGCAUCCGAAAAUGCUAAGCAACCCAUCGCUAUUAUUAUACCCCACGAAGACCACCUUCGGCAGUACCUCGAAGAUAAGGACGUUCCUGGCGUAGGUCCCAAUACGGACCUUGGGGAGCUCUGUCAUAAUGCGAAGGUUAAGGAGCUCGUACUGAAGGAAUGCAAUGCGUUGGGGAGGAAGAACGACUUCAAGAAUAUGGAAUUGCUUGAAGCUGUUAUCUUGACCCCUGACGAGUGGACGCCUGAGAGUGGCCUCGUUACUGCCGCUCAGAAGACACAGCGAAAGAAGAUUGCGGAGAAGUUCCACGCUGAGAUCUACGAAAUUUGCAAGUACGACUAGUAGUCGAUUUUGUAUAUCAUCUCGGCCUCCCUUCUCGGUCUUUUCUUUGGCUUACGCAUUACCCCAGUGUCCAUAGUCCUUUUCCAGAACCGUUAAUAGUUUCUUACUCAAGGACGAUAUGCAUCUUGUACUUGUAUCCAUUAUUUUAGUUCUUGUUUCGCAGUAUUUUGGCACUGCAUUCGCACUGUGUUUCACUAUAGACUCUAGCUAGCAAUCUCACAACUCGUUUUGUCUAUGUGGCUUU